AUGAGUACGGCGGUGGUAUCGAGGCCACGUGUGUACGUGCGCAUUCGCCCCCUCAACGACCGCGAGGUGCGUGAUGGAAAAGGCGAGCUCGCCUGCCGCGGGGAUGCACGCCAGCAGGACGUCUUGUUCCUGAGGAAGGACGAGACCCUGGAGCAGCAGGUGCGCUUUGAUCAGGUAUUUGACCAGUCCUCGACCCAGCAGCUUGUCUUCGACCACAUCGGUCCCGAGAUUCUGCGCACUCUUUUCAGCGGCUACAAUGCCUCCGUCUUCGCCUAUGGGCAGACCGGCAGCGGUAAGACAUACACGAUGGAGGGUGACAGGGGUGGCGGCGUGAGCGGCGGGGCCUCCUCGGAGGCGCAGGAGGGCCUUAUACCUCGCAUCAUCCGCGGCAUCUUCUCCUCUUUCAAGUCCAACGCCAACAUAACGGACGCGCUUGUUGAGGUGAGCCUCGUGCAGAUCUACCAGGAGCGCAUCCAGGAUCUGCUGAACCACCGCAAGCAGGUGGAGAUUCACAUGAACCGCACCAGCCAGUACGUCGCCCGUGACGCGACCUGGCGAACCGUGCGCAGCCUCUCGGAAUGCAUGAAGCUGUACGGAGAGGCCUGUAAGAUGCGCGCGACUUCGGCGACGGAGAUGAACCUGGUGUCCUCGCGUAGCCACAUGAUUCUCAUGCUGCGCAUGCAGUGGGACGAGCCGGCGCUGCCAGGGUCGCACGCGCAGCUGAACAUGAUCGACUUGGCUGGUUCUGAGCGGCUGAACGAGUCCGGCGCCACCGGUGAGACGAUGAAGGAGACGAUCACCAUCAACAAGUCCCUCAGCGCACUGGGCAAUGUCGUGGCGAAGCUGGUGGAGCAGGCGAAGAAGCCGAACAAGCGCAUACACAUUCCGUACAAGGAUAGCAAGCUUACCUACCUCUUGCAGUCCAGCUUGGGUGGGGCGAACCUGGUCCACUUCAUGCUCGCAGUGUCGGGCAGCGCCAUGUGGCGCAGCGAGACAACGUCGACCAUCGAAUUUGGUAAACGCGCCCUGCAGCUUCUCUUGCGGCCGGUGCGCAACGCCAUCGACUACACGCGCCUCGCCGAAAUGGAGGCGAUGAUCGAGCGCAUGCGGUCCCACAUCGAGUCGCUCGAAGAGGAGCUGCAACUCAAGCGCAACUGUGAGGCCGCCGGGUUUCUGCAGCUCCGACAGAUUGCCCAGAGCGACGACGACCCCGCGCAGCGGCGGCGGCGGCACGAGACAAGCACGAAUCAUAAACACCUCAAGCGUCAGACGGAGCUCACCCGCAUCAUGGCGAACCUGCCAGAGACGUUUGACGACUUGACGUCGCACUGUGUACUCUUCCCUGAGUCGAAGGCGACGUUCCGUGAACUGGGCGGGCUAGAAAAGCUCAUCCACUUUGUGGAGAAGUCUGCCUCGAACUACUACCGUGCCAGCGCCGCGCAGACCAUCGCCAGUGUGAUUGACGAGCCCGGGAGAGAGGUCUUCGCCAGCCUCGGCGGCCUUCAUGCUUUGGCGACGCUUCUGCGGGUUCAGGAGGAGCGGUGCAAGGAGGCGGCAUGCGUCGCCCUCGAGGCUGUGUGCCGCGGCUGCCUGGCGAACAAGAGGAGCCUGUCCGCCGACGUCUACGCGGCGCUCGUAGACCUCGUCUACGGGUACUCGAACCAACAGGUGCAAGAGGCGGCGUGUACGGCCGUUGCCUCCAUCGUUGACGGCUACCCCGAGGCGACACGGUGCUUCGAACGGCUUGACGUGGUGCCGAAGCUGCUGGAGACGAUCCGCACCUGCCCGGCCGAAGUCGUCAACCUCACAAAGGCGGCGACAAACUGCGUCGGUCGCCUGGCGCAUGGCGACAAAGAGAUGCAGCAAACGAUCGCCUCCCUUGGCGGCGUUGACUUGCUCAUCGAUGUCCUCUUCAGCUCCUCCGGCGACCGCGACCAUCAGGUGCCGAUUUUAGCUUCGUACGCGCUCGUCAACCUAUGCUGCAGCAGCCGCGAGAACCUCAAGAUGGCGAUGGAGCACAGCCGCUAUGACGAGGUAAAGUUCCGGCUGCUUGAGGGCCUUGCGCGCGCCUUUGGCACGAACACGUCCCGCGAGGGCUUCGGCCGCGCCACGGCGCAGGAGACGGCAGGGCCGUUUCCGUACUACGGCGUCACCAUCCAGGACGAGUGGACAUACGCCUCGUCCGGCGGCCGACCCAUCUUCUCGACCUUCAUGGACAACCCACAGUUUCAUCUCUACGUGCGUGAGGAGACGGACAUCGCCUUCAUCAUUCAGGACACGCUCUACGAGGCCCGCAUGCGCAAGAAGCGGCGCAACAACUCCGUCUACAUGGGCAUCGCCAUCUUCGAGGGCGAUCCGACUCUGGCAAAGCUGGGGCUCAAGCAGCUCGACUUCCACGGCAAGAUGAUCGAGAUUGGCCGUUAUACUUCAAACUGCGAGAACGUGCUGCACUGCACGCUGCCGGCCUCCGACACGCCGUAUAUGGUUGUCCCCUUCACGAGUCAGAAGGGCCGGCACACGCACUUUGCCCUCUCCGCCUUUGGCAACCACCCGAUCGAGCUGACGUCGGUGCCGGAUCAGGUGGGGUGGGUGCACACAGUGCUGCAGGGCCGAUGGACGGAGUUCACGGGCCACGGAGGCGAGGCCUUCGACUGGCGCUGCAACCCGCAGAUUAGGCUGAGGACGAAGGAGGCCUGCCGCGUCGUCUUCGUCCUCUCGUACCUCUCGCUGGAUGAGCAGCGGGCGCAGCUGCUGCAGGAAGAGGAAGAGGGGGAGGGGCAGAAUACCCGCCCCCGCCUGCACGGCCGCCUCUUCUCCAACGCCUUCGCGGCCCACAAGCGCUACCUCAAGGCGAUCGUCCCGCUCCCCCAAGGCUCGACCUUCGUGGCCAGCAACACGUUCGCCAGCAACAGCUAUAUCACCACCUCGGCCAACCUCGACAAGAGCGGGGACUACGUCUACAUCCCCUUCACCGAGGCUCCCUUCCAGGACACCUACCGCGUCUCCGUCUACUGCGACUCGGACGAGGUGGAGAUAAAGCCGAUGCAGGGGCAGUCCAGCGAGUGGAUGUGCGCAAGCCUUUCCGGUAUGUGGCAGGGGAAGCCCAUCUCCGUCGACCUCGAUACGGCCGGUAAGCUGGUGGCGGUCAUGUACAGCCCCGGCGCCUUUGUGCGGCCGCGCUUGCUGAGCGGCUCGAAUCAGAGACGCCUCGCCGGCAUCGACUCCUACUGGAACACCGAGGCAACGGUGGAGUACGACAGCAACGGGCAGCUCACACUGCAGGUGGAGGCGAUGAUGCGUAGCGGGGCGCCGAGCGCCGCCGCAGCGCGUGUCACCGUUCAAUCGGCCAAGAAUCAGGCGACUCAAGUGCCGGCGACAGAUACCAAGUUCGACCUUUUUAUCUUCACCGAAAGAAAGUGCACCCUCACGGGGGUCGGCUUCGACGCCUCACCCAGCUCGUGGCCGUGCCCCACGCAAUCCACUUCUCUGGCUUUGCUAGCCUACCCGCGGCCCGUCGAAGACGUCGACGCCGUCGGUGACGAUGACGAGGACAGCAGCGACGGCCUCGCCAGCGAACUGUGGCGCGGCGACCCGGACAGCAUCUCGGCAGCCGAACAAGAGGCGCGUGAGAUGGAGUUGAUGAAAUUAUUGGAGAAGCAAGAGGCCGCGAACCACGUCCUCAAGUUGAAGCUGGCGCAGCAGGCACGUGAGCUGGAGGAGCUGCGGAACGGCGGCGUCAGUGCGACCACCUCGUCAAACAGCGACGGGCGACGUGGGAGCAGCGCAAAGCCGCCGGGGACCAAAACGCCGAGAAGAACCUCGUCAGUCACGAUGGACGGCUACGCGGGCUUCUCGGAGGGGAAGCACCGACCCAGGAGGGAGCUUGGCGGCGGCGGCAGCGCGCAGGCCGCGCCUCGCCCCCCCAGCCGCGGUAACACUUCAAGCUCAGCCGAAGCCAAAGGAGCAGUGGCCAAGCCGCUUUCUGCCGAGCCGGCACAGCGAGGCAACAACACGAACGGCACUGACGCGCGGCGCCGAAAGCCGUUGGCCCUCGCAGGGGCGACGUUGCCGACGAACAGGUCGGGCACGGCCGACAACAGCGCCUCGGUUGCGCCGUCCCCGCAGGUGAAGGAGUUAGUGGACUACACGCUGGUGAAGCUGAUCGAGAUGGGCAAGCGUGCCGCCACCAGUGCUCGCUUGGCCGACAAGGAGGAGGACACGGAGUGGAGGGCGAUGCUGAGGGACAUUGAGGAGGUGCAGCAGCGACUGCACGAUGUCUUUCGCAUACUUUGA